CGAGCGGGGUGGGUAGUUGUGCUAGGCGAAAAAGGGUGUGUGUCGCUAUAAGAAGCCAAAAGAGCCCGAUGCAGUCUGUUGGUUCAGUCAAACUCUCCAAGCGCUAAUAAGGAUAAGACCUAACUACUGUCUACCGCUCUGCAUCUACAAGAGACUGAGAUAAGGUUAUCUAAGGUUGUGCGCUACACUUUACACCCUAAAACCCUACAUCCUGCCCUACACCCUCAGGCCUCCUCCCGUACCUAUCCUGCAUCCAUCUGUCUGUGUGACUGGGUGUCCCUCAGUAGUGAGUCAUGAAGUGGUCUCUGUGGAGCCUGCUGCUGCUGUGCCUGUGUACCCCAGGACGGAGUGACUGCCAGGGGGACUGCCUGGCCUGUGGCCUCCUACUAUCCAACCCCCAGAGCCAGAGCCAGCAGCAAGCGUUCAAUACACUGGUGUGUCUGUUGGAGUGUGACGGUCACGUCUCCCCUGCCCUCACCUGGGAUCUGUGUCAGCGAGCCAUGCUACCGCACUACCCCCUCCCACCAGACGACGGCGCUGUGUCUAAGAGACCAGAGGAAAAACUGUCCUUAAACCUUGCCCCUGUUGACCUGGAGUCAGAUGGAAAUAUGCUCUACUCUGCAGCCAUGGAGCGCUACCAGCAGGAUGGAGCGAAACAGGAAGACGAGGCCCUGGUGCGACGUGAUGCCCAGUACGACUCCUCUCCGCUGGGCUUGACCGCCGAGGGAGACACGCUGGCGCUGGGUAUGGAGAACAGGGCGGAGGAAGAGAAGGAGGAGGAGGUCAGGAGGAGGAGCCAGGGGGAGGGAGGAGACGAGGAGGAGGAGGAUGCCGUGGUCCAGCUGACCAAGCGUUUCGGGGGCUUCCUGAAAGGUCGCCACAGUUACAGGAAGUUGAUUGGCGGCCCGGUGAGGAAGUCGCUGCAGAAACGCCUCGGAGGGUUCAUCGGGAUCAGGAAGUCGGCCAGGAAGUGGAACAACCAGAAGAGGGUGAGCCAGCUCCUCCGGCAGUACCUGGGCAUGACCAGCAGCAGCACCCCUGGUCGCGGUGUUGGGAGGUUCACUAACCCAGCCCAGGGCCUCAGGAGGCUAUCCAACCGGCUGUAGCCUUCCCCUCAUCCCCUGGGGCCUCUCUGCUCUUCUCUUCUCCCGUGCCUCCACCCUCUUGGAUCUGCUCUUCUCUUCUCCCGUGCCUCCACCCUCUUGGAUCUGCUCUUCUCUUCUCCCGUGCCUCCACCCUCUUGGAUCUCCUCUUCUCUUCUCCCGUGCCUCCACCCUCUCGGGUCUGCUCUCCUCUUCUCCCGUGCCUCCACCCUCUCGGGUCUGCUCUUCUCUUCUCCCGUGCCUCCACCCUCUUGGAUCUCCUCUUCUCUUCUCCCGUGCCUCCACCCUCUCGGGUCUGCUCUCCUCUUCUCCCGUACCUCCACCCUCCCAGGUACCUCCGUAGAAAUAGAAUUACUAUAGUUUACUACUUGCUUACUAUUAUGUUGGUAUUCCAUUCCCAUAGUUACCAACAACGUGUACAGCUACAGCUACGGGGACUGUGAACUCCCUCAUUCCUCAUCGGGCCUAAUGAAGAAGAGGAAGGAUCUCAUCAUUCUGAAACCCAUCCGGUGUUGUGAAGAGAAGGAAUGUUUCCUUCCAACCAUCAACGUUGCUCCCACCCUACCGCCCCAGUUAAUGAAUAAAAAGUGCAAUGUGCUAUUGUGUGUCAGUAUUGUAAGGCCGUACUUCAUAAUACUACAUCCUGGAUAUAAUACCACCCCGUGUUAUGGUGAUGAUUGGGUGUUUAUGCACUUGAUCUUUUUUUCCAUUUAAAUCUUGAGCGAGCGAGGGUUGCAGUUGCUAUUUGCACUGGUCGCUGGGUAAUUCUACAACUGGGGGUCUGCGUCGUCUCUAUUCUGAGUGCAUUCUGAAAGUAUUCAGACCCCUUGACUGUUACGUUACGUGCCUUAUCCUAAAAUGUAUUAAAUUAUUUCCCCCCCUCGUCAAUCUGCACACAACACCCAAUAAUGACAAAGCAAAAACAGGAUUUCAGAAAUGUUUGUAAAUGUAUUAAAAAUAUAAAACAUACAUUCCUUAUUUACAUACAGUGGGCUUCAAAAUGACUGGCGCCCCUGACUGGCAAUGCACAAACAAUACUUAAACAAUAUAAAUAUAGAGAUAAACUCAAAAUACCAACAUGUGAGAAAUACUGUACUUUAUUAAUGUUUCAAUGGAACCCACCAAAAUAAUUUAUUGAUUUAAUGAAAGAUCAAUAUUCUCCAAUUCAAGGUUUCACAAUUAACGGCACCCUUAAAUAACAUCAACCAAUAUUAAACCAGGAAUUAAAUUCCACUUAUUGAAGUUUAUAUAAGUGUUAAGGAACUAUAUUGAGCCAUUACAUCACUUCCUGUUUCAGUAGGGUAUAAAAAUGAGGUAACAGACAUCAAUAUCCCUUUGUCAUCCAACACCAUGAAGAAAAGAAAAGAACUGGCAGUUUAAAAAGAGACAGAUGGUCGUAGACCUUCAUUAAUCUGGUAACGGCUACAAGAAGAUCCACAAACGAUUGAAUAUACCACUGAGCACUGUCAGGGCAAUUAUAAAAAAUGUAAAAGAUAUGGAACAGUUGAAAACCGUUUGGAACCACCAAGACUCAUCUCGGCCAAACUGGGAAAUCGGGGGAGAAGGGCCUUGGUCAGGGAGAAGGGCCUUGGUCAGGGAGGUGACCAAGAACCUGAUGGUCACUCUGAUAGAGCUCCUCUGUUGAGAUGGGAGAACCUUCCACCAAUCAGGCCUUUAUGGUACAGUGACCAGACGGAAGGAAGCCACUCCUCAGUAAAAGGCACAUGACAGCCCACUUGGAGUUUGCCAAAAGAGACCUAAAGGACUCUCAGACCAUGAGAAAGAAGAUUCUCUGGUCUGAUGAAACCAAGACUGGACUCUUUGGCCUGAAUGCCAAGCAUCACGUCUGGAUCACGUCUGGAGGAAACUUGGCACAAUCCUUACGGUGAAGCAUGGUGGUGGCAGCAUCAUGUUGUGGGGAUGUUUUUCAGGGGCAGGGACUGGGAGACUAGUCAGGAUAGAUGGAAAGAUGAAUGGAGCAAAGUACAUAGAGAUCCUUGAUGAAAACCUGCUCCAGAGCACUCAGGAUGUGACUGGGGUGAAGGUUCACCUUCCAACAUGACAACAACCCUAAGUACACAGCCAAGACAACGCAGGAGUGGUUUCGGGACAAGUCCUGAAUGUCCUUGAGUGGCCCAGACAGAGCCCAGACUUGAACCCGUUCGAACAUCUCUGGAGAGACCUGAAAAUAGCUGUGCAGCGACGCUCCCCAUCCAACCUGACAGAGCUUGAGAGGAUCUGCAGAGAAGAAUGGCAGAAACUCCCCAAAUACAGGUGUGCCAAGCUUGUAGCGUCAUACCCAAGAAGACUCGAGGCUGUAAUCGCUGCCAAAGGUGCUUCAACAAAGUACUGAGUAAAGGGUCUGAAUACUGAUGUAAAUGUAAUAUUAAUAUUUUUAGUUUUUUAUAUAUAUAAAUUUGCAAAAAUAUCUAAAAACCUGUUUUUGCUUUGUCAUUAUGAGGUAUUGUGUGUAGAUUGAAGGGGGGGGGGGGAAUCAAUGUAAUCCAUUUUAGAACAAGGCUGUAACGUAACAACAUUUGGAAAAAGUCAAGGGGUCUGAAUACUUUCCGAAUGCCCUGUACACUACAUGGCAAAAGUAUCUUCCAGCAUGACAGGUAUAUAAAAUUGAGCACGCAAUCUCCAGAAACAAACAUUUGCAGUAGAAUAGCCUUACUGAAGAGCUCAGUGACUUUCAACGUGUCACUGUCAUAGGAUGCCACCUUUCCAACAGUUUGUCAAAUUUCUGCCCUGCUAGAGCUGCCCCGGUCAACUGUAAGUGCUGUUAUUGUGAAGUGGAAACGUCUAGGAGCAACAACGGCUCACGACCGCCAAUUGCUGAAGCGCAUAGCCUGUAAAAAUUGUCUGUUCUCGUGUUGCUACACUCACUACUGAGUUCCAAACUGUCUCUGGAAGAAACGUCAACACAAUAACUGUUCGUUGGGAGCUUCCUGAAAUGGGUUUCCAUGGCCGAGCAGCCACACACAAGUCUAAGACCACCGUGCGCAAUGCCAAGCAUCGGCUGGAGUGGUGUAAAGCUCGCCGCCAUUGGACUCUGGAGCAGUGGAAACACGUUCUUUGGAGUGAUGAAUCACACUUCACUAUCUGGCAUUUUGUGAACUAAUCUGGGUCUCGAUAAACCAUUUUUACGAUAUAGCAUCUCAGACAAUAGGGAAACACUGCCCCCUGGUGUUUGUAAUGUAGAUCAGCAUCCCAGACAAUAGGGUAACACUGCCCCCUUGGUGUUGGUAGAGUAGAAUCAGUAUCCCAGACAAUAGGCAAACACUGCCCCCUGGUGUUUGUAAUGUAGAUCAGCAUCCUAGACAGUAGGUUAACAGUAGGGUAACCCUGGUGUUGGUAGAGUAGAAUCAGCAUCCCAGACAAUAGGGCAACACUGCCCCCUGGUGUUUGUAGAGUAGAUCAGCAUUCCAGACAGUAGGGCAACACUGCCCCCUGGUGUUUGUAAUGUAGAUCAGCAUCCCAGACAGUAGGGUAACAGUAGGGUAACCCUGGUGUUGGUAAAGUAGAAUCAGCAUUCCAGACAGUAGGGUAACACUGCCCCCUGGUGUUGGUAGAGUAGAUCAGCACCCCAGACAGUAGGGUAACACUGCCCCCUGGUGUUUGUAAAGUAGAUCAUGUCCUACGUUUGUCUUCCAGUAUACAUACCAAACUGAACAUACCAACUAUCUGAUUUUCCCCAAAAAAGAGGCGAGAGAUCUAUUGUGCAUGUUAUGUUCUUGUUACAGUAUGGAAUAGAGUUUGUUUUCUUGUCUGAAAACACUCAAUAGCACAACAUUACGUUAUGGUUCACCUGUUAGUAAUAGAGGGGCAUGGAUUUGUUUCGCAGCACAUUCCUUCAGGCAGUAUUCAUCCAGUACUCUUAUGACGUAUGUAAGAGUUUGUGUGUAUGUGUGAGUACAUGUCUCUCGUUCAUAUACAAAAUAACUUUGUGAAUACAGUGUACAUUCCUAGCCAUUUGUUUAAGAGUCUUAAUGAAACCUGUAUAGAGAAAUAUGUAAUAAAUGAGUUUGCUAUUCCU